GGAGGAAGGGGAAAAAAAGGAGUGCGGGGACUGUUUCACAGAGUGACCCCGAUUCAGAAAUCCCUUGUUGCGGUGCGCCGAUCGAAGACAAUUGAAAGCAAUCAGGAUCCAGUUGCUGUCUGGCUUCAGGCUCAGCGUGAGUACGCAGAGCCUUCAUUUAAACUAAAUAUAACCUGCCCAGCUGCCCAGAGCUUCGCCGUGCAUUUGUCACAGUCUCCAUAGCUGCGUUUUACGUGGCUGUGUUUAGGUGCUCUCUCACAGCCCCUCUCUGGAUGCAUCGGACUCCCCCUCCCCGGGGCCCUGGACCCGGUGUGUGACCCCGUCUCCCUCGCCCCACUCCUCCUCUGCCUCCUCUCCCCGUGCUCCUCACUCCUCGCUGCCUGCCCACGAAGAGGAUCCCAUCCUGGGCCCCCUGCCCCUAAGCCACCGGGCGGAGGCAGGGGGCCAUGGGGCCGUAACGACCCUCAACGGACGCAGGCCCCCCGCCAUGAGCAGCGUGGCCCCUCCAGAGGGAAGGGUUCAGGGGACGAACUUCACCCCGCUUCACUACAAACCCUUCAGCUCGCAUGAGCACUACCAGCAGGUGAUGUGUGCUUUGCAGAAGCUCCAGGAGAGUGGCUUUUACUGGGGAGCCAUUGGGGCUCGGGAGGCGAGCUCCAUGCUGCGCUCCGAGCCUCCCGGCGCCUUCCUGGUCCGGGACUCGUCCGACCACCACCACUUCUUCACCUUGUCCGUGCAGACAGCCCGGGGAACGAAGAACGUCCGCAUCCACAGYGAGGGAGGUGGCUUCUUCCUGGAGCCAGACCCUCAGAAGUCCCAGGAGCCUCCUCAGUUCGACUGYGUGCUGAAACUCAUCGCCCAUUACAUGGGGAAAGGGAUGGAUACGGGAAGGACGAGGGACGGGGCGAGCGGAGACAAUCCGGGAGAUGCAAAAAAGAAGGGACGCACCGUUUACCUGAUCCACACGGGCAAAGAGAAAAUCCCCCUGGAGCUGCGAAAGCCCCUGCUGAGCUCGCUCUCGUCCCUGCAGCACAUGUGCAGGAGGACGUUGAACAACGGGGGCCACGGGGCGCUGGGGCAAACCGAACAACUCCCACAGACACUGAAAGACUUCUUGGAGAAGUACGACGCUCCUAUAUGACUGACCGGAACCGCAGAGGUUCUACUACACGUGCCGCGCGCCUGGAGGGGCACGCCAGUUCUCAGCGUGAACGUUUUGCGCCGCCAGAAACUGACCAGACUGAGCCUUAGAUGCUAAUAUAAGGUCAUUUUUUUUAAAACCCCAUUGUGGCUAGAAUCAGUCAAUUUCAGAGCUUUUUACUCACAGAUGGACUCUAAAGGUCCUGGUUUUGUGAUUUGGGUAACCAACGAUUACCUCGUCCAUCCUGCCUUGGAGAAGCUAAUGCAAAGUGGCAGAUAGAACCAGAGGCUUCCUCAUGACUGAGUCAGACGCAGAGCAGUGUCUCGUAGAUUAACCUGGUUGAUGUAAACAGUGCAAGUAAAGGCUUUUGUGUUUGAGAAGCAACACUUUUGACAUUUACAACACUGAAUCACUGGACAGGGAGAGAGAGGCAGAUGACAAAAGAGGCUGGGAAAUAGCUGCAGAGGGGGGGAAAAAAUGCAAAAUCCAAAUCAGGAGGCCCAGCGUGCAGUAUUUGUUUGUCUGAGCGUGUGUUGUGGUCGUGCACAUAUUUCCAUCGCUGUUUCCCGCAAAUGUUGAGAGGAGUGGGCUGGCCAGGCACGCUAGCUCCACACACACUCAUGCAGGUAAAGGCCCACAUGAAGGGUUUGUUACAGUGGGACCAAAAAAAAAAAACACAGUCAUUACAAAGCAUUUCUCGAUCUCCCGUUUGUUUUGUUUUCCCUGUCCUCCAUGAUCCUGCCCUUUGAGCCAUAGUUUGGCGUGGGACCAAUCCAAAACGUUUGUCCAGGUAAUCUCACUGGGAAUUGGUCAUUUUAAUCCCAGAGACUUGAAUACAGAGCGAAAAGAUAAUUGGAGGGAAAGAGAGGAGCAGGAAGUGGGUUUAGGAAAGAUAAAUGUAAGAGAACAAACAAAACAUGGAUUUAACUGGCGGAUGGAGUUCAACAGGUUGCCGCUCCUGUAAACAUACCAGCCGAUGCGACAAGUCUUAAUCCUGUGGCCAAUUAUUCCUCCUAACUCAAAUGUCCCGGCGUGCCUGAGUCAGCUCUCCCUUCWGGGCUUCCUUACAUCACUCUCGGGAGGAAAAACGCUGUUAUAUCAACUAUUGUUUCUUUCCCAUCAAUGCCUCCAGAAAAAGAUCAUUUUGUCAGUCUGAAGGGAACAAAAGACUUCCCAUAAGUGAUUCAGUGGAGAGAGAGAGAGGGAAAAAAAGAAGCCUUUCGUAGAACAAAUUGCAAGACUCGGCUCUAACCCAGAUUAUGUUCAACUUGUGUUUUUGCCCUGUGCUCUUACUCACCUGUGAUCCAUAUUGGAGCUUUUUUUUWAACAUCAAGAAGCAUUUUGUUGAGUUUUAUCUAGCCACGAUGACGCACAUGUUGUCUUUUGUGUCGUUUUGGUUCAGAACUGGGUCUUGCUCUCUUACCGACACCAAGUUCUUAACGUGCGCUGCACCAGCAGCAGACCACAUGUUUGUGAAUCAUUUUGUCUUUUAUAAAGACUCUCUUGCAAAAGGCUGGCCACAAAGUCUGGCGAAAUACAAGCUGUAAUACCUGAAAUGACGGAAAAAAAAAAGAAGCAUUACAUUAUAAAUGAAAAAAGGAACGUUGCACAUAUUUAUAUUUCUAAGAUAUUUCAAGUAAUUUAUAUUAAAGAGCACUAUUUUUACAAAAGCCAA